AUGGCGCCGCAGGAGUCGAUACCAGUGGCUGCUAAUGUCCUCGGCACAAUAGGCACGGUGUGCUGGUGCGUGCAGCUGUUUCCGCAGAUAUGGCGGAAUUAUCGAACGAAAAACACAGAAGGGCUACCGCCGUCUAUGAUGCUCAUUUGGUCCAUGUCAGGCGUACCGUUUGGCGUUUACGCAGUGCUGCAACAAUUCAACCUGCCUCUGAUCAUCCAGCCGCAAUGUUUCUGUGUUCUCUGCGGUGUCAGCUGGGCGCAAUGUCUGAUCUAUGGCCGUAAAUGGCGAACGUGGACAGCCUCCUUGCUGUUGAUACUGCUGCUUGCCAUCUUCACUGCAGUCGAAGCAGGGCUCAUAUACGCCAUUCGACCUGUAUACUCGCGAGGUAUCAGUUGGCCUGUACUCAUCAUCGGGUUUAUUGCCGUCUUCACCCUCCUUUUGGGCUAUGUGCCGAUCCCCUUCGAGUUAUUGAAGCGCCGAGGGCGCGUCGUGGGGAUCGACUUUGUCUUCUUGACUAUCGACUGGAACGGGGCGUUCUUCUCUCUCAUGGCCCUUGUUGCCCAAAACGAGUUUGACGUCCUUUUCGGCACCAUGUAUGCACUAUGCUGCGCGAUUGAAAUGAGCAUGGUGACGUCACAUUUAAUCUGGCUUGUACGGACUCGCGGAAUUCGACAACGCGCAAAAGAAGCAGGGUUGACGUUUGAUGAGUUCGAAGAGGGCAUUCAGUGGCAGUCCAAAGGUCUGGAUCUGGAGAGGAAGUUGCGCAGCUUGUUCUCGCAGUCGAAAUCUGAGACACUGUUGAGUGAGGCUGCAAGCGGUACAUAUGGUACAUUUGUGACUCCAGAAAACAUCACUCCUAAGACAGUGCCCAAUGCAAGACUGUAG